AUGCAUAAAAGAUCAAAACCUUCUCUUUUCAUAAGUUGUAAUUUGGACGCGCAGGUGCAUGCGGUUCAGUGCGAUUUGAACACGUAUUUGGAGGAACCAAAGGAGGAGGAUUUGGAGGAGUGGAAAUUAGGGUUUGUGUUAGAGGAAAAGGGGAAAGAGAUUGAGGAUUUGAUCAGAGAGAAUCCUGUGAUUGAAGAGAUUUAUGAGAACAUUGUUCCGACUAGGGUUGACAAGGAGAGUUUUUGGAUUAGGUAUUUUUAUAGAGUACAUAAGCUGAAGCAAGCCGAGGAGGCGAGAGCUAAGCUCGUGAAGCGAGUGAUUUCCCGUGGUGAAGAAGAGGAUUUGAGUUGGGAUUUUGAUGACGAUGAUGAUGAAGAAAAUGGCGAGAACAAUAAUAUUAGUAAUAAUAAUAAUGUAGUUUCUCGGAAUCAAGACAAUGUUGUUGAAAAUGUUGGUGUGAAAUUGGAUGAGAAAAGAGGGGAUAGUGAGGAAUCAAGGUGAAACGUGUCUUAUUAUAGCUUCUUUAUGGAGCAAAGUCUUCAACUCACCUCAAACAACACUUUCCUUUUGGACAUCCUCCAAAGAUGAAAUUGAGUUUUGUGGAAACUGCAAUUGGAGUUUUUUCUAGUAAAUCUCAUGUUCUAAUCUCCCAAAGACCUCCUUAUUCCAUGCGAGAAAAUAUUUCCUAACAUUUGACAACUUAUUUCUCAACUGAAAGGCUCUAGAUCCAGUAAUUUGACUAUGCCAUGCCUUUUGAACUACACUCUUGCAAGAAGGAUGAAGCAACCACAUUCUUUCAAAUCUAAAAGGCCUUUUUCCUGAAAGGUUGUAUGAACUCAAAGUCAAGCAGAAUAGGCCCAUGGUUUGAUCGAAUGAUCAGAAGGUUCCUAAGGGCAUAUCUAGGGUAUGUAUUCACCCAUUCAACACUAGC